AUGGAAAUAGCAAAUAAUAAUCAUAGACCUUCCUCUAAAAUUGAACAAUCAUUAGCACUCUGGAUUGAUCAGGCAGCAAGUGAUAAUUGUACUUUAUCUGGGCAUAUUGUUAUUUCAAAAGCUAAAAUUAAUCAACAAAUACCUGUACCAAAACUUACAAUAUUUGAUGCUAUUUCUUUUACUGCAGAAGCAUGGAACCUUGUUUCGCCUAGUACAAUUGUUUCAUGCUGGUCUAAAGUUGAUAUCCUUCCUUCUUCGGAAAAUAUUGAAGAUUAUUUAAUUUUACCAUCUGAUGAUGAUACAGAUUCAAUCCAAGAAAUGAUUGGUUGUUUUAAUUUUGAUGAUCCAUUAUCUGCUAAUGACUACAUAGAAAUAGAUUUGAGAUUGCAAAAUCAGGAUAAAUUAGCUGAUCAAGAAAUCAUUGAACUAGAUGCUAAAGUAGAUGAUGACAACUCUGAGGAUUCGCUGAAAAAUAAAUAG